AUGGAGGAGCAAGAAGGAACAAUCAAUUGUAAGACAGAAGAUUUGGAAGAAUUCUUUAAAGAAGAGAAUAGUUCGUCCAACAGCAGUCAAAACGGGACCAACAAACUAUUCGAAAACGAAGAUUCUGAAUUAAAGGGAGAGGAAAAGAAUGUCAAUAAGAUGCGAAAGAAUUCUGAAAAGUUGAAAGGGAAGAAUUACUGAACUCUAAAGAGAGAAUUACUGAACUCUUUUGUUAUCAAUCCCUCAUUUAUUCUUUCAAAAAAUUAAAUUAUGAUUUUCUGAUCAUAAGGGAAUUUUUUUGGUGUUUCCCUUUUCUUUGCUCCUUAAUUUUUGUAUC